AUAGAGCGCAGUACUGUGAAGUUGAAUGUUCAAUACACAUGGUAUUAAGGCUGUUCACUAAGACUUAAGUCGAAAAAAGACGAGCAAAAAAAAGAACAAAGGAUGUAUUUUCGUUUUAGUUUCUUACCUUCAACUCCUCGUAUUUCUUGAACUUGAUCAGCGUGUAUCGCAGAUCCUAUUGCGGCUGCGCAGUGCCGAGAAGCGGCAAAGUGUGUGCGCGUAGAGGCAGCAGCUCAAGCGUGCAAACCGAGUCACCAUGGGAAGAAAACGAACACCGCCAGCGCCGAAGAGAAAGAGGAUUUUUCUUCAGCCUGAAUCAAGAUAAAUGCUGGGUAUAUGAAGAAGCUGGCGGUGGUUCAGUCGGCCGGCGGGAACUGUGUUUUAAUGUCGGAAAACCUAGAAUACGUGAUGAAACUCAAGGCAAACCAGACCAGGACAUACGACGGCGAAGGGUUCAAAAAACGAGCCGCAUGCCUGUGCUUCAAAAACGACCGGGAAGAUGAGGUCUUGCUUGUGAGCAGCAGUAGGCAUCCAGACCAGUGGAUUGUUCCUGGAGGAGGUAUGGAGCCAGAGGAGGAGCCCGACGGAGCCGCAGUCAGGGAGGUGUUUGAAGAGGCUGGUGUGAGGGGCACGCUUGGCAGACUCCUGGGGGUUUUUGAGCAGAAUCAAGACAGCAAGCAUCGAACGUAUGUGUAUGUGCUUACUGUCACGGAGACGCUGGAAGACUGGGAGGAUUCUGUUAACAUCGAUCACAAUUUCAGUGAAAGAUCACAUGCUGAGACCAGUUUAACGACGUGAUCCGCGAAAGAAGAGAAGCCGUGAAGCUCCUCACCCGCCUCCCGAGAUGUCCUGGUUCAUCGUGUUUCUUUUUCAGUGCCAAACACAGCAAAUACUUGGUGAUCACAUCCCUAACAUACUAGUUUAGCUUUUAAAAAAACUCAACUGCCACCUGUGCUGAUCCAGGAUCAGCUAGGAGCUGUGCUGAUUCAGGGUUAGUUAGAUUUUGUUCUGAUCCAGGGUCAGCUAGGGCCUGGAGACUCGCUAAGUCCACCAAGCAGUUACCUCACAAAUAUGCAGGAAUUUUGUUGGUUUGGAGGCUGGACCUUGACUGUAUGGUCUGAGCCAGAAGAAAAUGACUGGUGCACAACUGUCCUGUUGUGAAGCGAAGAAUAUUUAUGCAAUAGUUUUACAUUGCUGGUUAGAUUAGGAUUGAAACCUUAUUGUCAUUCAACUGUACACUCGUAACAGAGAGCAAACAGUAGAGCAAAAUUAUGUUACAUGUGGCCUUCCAAUUAAAAACACAAGGGCAAGAAUGAAAAGGUUAUAUGUUAUAAUUCUAUGAAUAAAUGAUAUUAAUAAAUUAUACAAGUUGUAUUAAAACAUUAUUUUUAAUAAACAGAAAAUUCUAUAAAAUCUAGAAAUUAAAAUUAUAAAAGUAAAAAUAAAAUUGGUGUCUGAACCAGCAGAAAAUGAUGUGUGAACAGGGCAUGACUGUGCUCGUACAGCCAGGGACACUUGUUCCAUACGUUUCACACUGCUGGUUCAGCCCUUAUGUAAUCGUAUGUGCUGCAUUUUUGCUGUUGGGGUGACAACAUAAAAAUAACUGUUUGCCCACGGGCAGUGUAAUUCAAAACUUGAACUAUUUGUAGAUGGUGUGGAAAGAGCGACAUAGCGAGCCUGCGCUAGCUACUGGUGGCGCGGUGGUAUUAUUAGCCUGGAGAGUGUUUGCUGGGAGACUUGCCGCAGUUGUUUGCCAGCGGGCGUCACCAUCCCGCCCUUUCUCUGGCCCCCUGUUGCACCCCCUCCUGGAUGUAUGGAUGCCAAAUAGGGCAUCAUAACUUCAGUACACCCUACAAUACAGGCAGGGAGCUUCACACAGGGCCAGGAGUGUGUGUGUGGGGGGGGCAGGGAGUGCAUGGGACAUUAACAGAUUUUAAAAACACACACAUUACAGUCCAAAAAUAAUUACAUUUUUAAAAUAGUUUUGACUCUGUACUCCAGGACAGUAAAAUCAAACAAGUAUAAAGUUAGAGUAUUCAAUAAUUCAGUAUUUAUUGGGUGAAGCAUAUAACUGUUCUACUCACAGUUCUCGGUGCCAAAGUGCCGUAGAAAACUGAAUUUUAAACAUGGUGGUGGUUCGUACUUUUCUGUGGAUUUUUUGCGACCCACACACAUGGCCCCACACUGCAUCUCUGUCUCCAGAGGAUGGCCUGUUAUGCAUCUCGGUAUUGGGUGCUUUCUGGGUCUUUCCUGGGUCUUUUUGGUCCUGUCCUAACUAAGGAGGCGUUUGGUUGGAACUUCAAUCAGUGCUGCCAUUAGCAGUCCCACCACAGUGGGUUGUAUUUGCUGGUAAACUCACUUAAGGUCACGGGGGUGGUGUUCUCUUUAUGGUGAUCUUUGACAUGUCUAUUCUUGAUCGGCUUGUGGCGCUCGAGGCUGUCUGCUGUUGCUGAGAUCACCAGUGCGUUUGUUUUUGAUGCAGAAUAUUAACAGUGGUAAUGCUUUGCUUUGCCUUUGCUUCAUUCAUUCUGUUUCACCCAGAGAUCUUUUGUGAUAUAAAUGUCUCUAAACAGGAGUAUCAGACACCAGGUACUGAUGCCACGUUUUGGGAGGUCUAUGAUGAGAGCUGCAACAAUUAGUUGAAGACACCGAUAACCAGUAAAAGAAUUCAGUAGAUUUCUUUAUGAAUGAUUUUCGGUUUCUGGUUAGUUAUUUCAGUUUGUUGAGAGAAGGGAAGGAUGCACAUGUGUUACGUGGUGUACAGUCACAGUCCUCUAGAGUACAGGAGUGCCAAACAUCUUCUAGGAAGAAAACGUGCAUGAUAAAGGUGUGUAUGACUGGGGUGUAUGACUGGGGGUGUAUGAUGGACUGUGUGCAUGAGUACUUAAAAAGAUCACUAGCCUAGUUAGCUAUACCAUUCAUUUUAUAUGCAGCUAAAACAAAACUUAGCAGGACCGACAAUGAGAGACCUCAGGAUAUACAUCAUGAUAAUGCUUUGAAAACUGACUGAUCUGAAAAUUUUAUACUUUUAUCAGAUUUUCUACAUAUUUCUUUUUUAAGGUCAAACUUAGAAGAGCUCUCAAUUCCACACAAGUAAAAAUGGUUUCACUGUCCCUAGCGCAGCUUAUCUGACUUGCAGAGAGAAUAGAAACUUUAUAUUUUUGCAUUUUUAUAGCAUUAAUAUGCACAGAUUUUCUGCAAAUGGUAGUUCCUUCCUGCACCCAAGAUAAUCCUUACUGCCAUCGUUUCAUUUUAGAUGCUGGAGUACAGAUCUGAAAUAACAAAAACUGUCACUGUCCAGUUAUUUAUGGACCUCACUGCACAUGUUUUCAUACCAUUACAUUAAAAGGUUAAGUUCAGUUAAAACCUUGUGCUAAAUUCCCAUUAUGUAAUCACAGGUUCAGUUACAGUGGUAGGUAUAGUGGUAUAGGUACAGUGGUACAGGUAUAGUGGUAGAGGUACAGUGGUACAGGUACAGUGGUACGUACAGUAGUACAGUUACAGUGGUACAGGUACAGUAGUACCUCUAUCACUGUACCUGUACCACUGUAACUGUACCAUUGUACCUCUUUCACUGUACCUGUAGUACAGGUACAGUUACAGUGGUACAGGUACAGUAGUACAGGUACAGUGAUAGAGGUACAAUGGUACAGGUACAGUGGUAGAGUUACAGUGGUACAGGUACAGUGUCAUGCGUGUGGCAUCUUACUACUGUAAUGGAGCUCAUGACAAACAUAUCCCCAGCUUUCUACAGUAGAAAAUGCUAUGAUAUAAAUUAUUGUUUUCAAAACAUAAUGUCACAGGGUACAACGUGUUUCC